AUGGUUCUAACAUCUCACGUUCAAUCAAAAUACGCAAUGGAAACCCAAACUCAACCACACACCACAGCGCAGCCCACCCCCGUCAGGCACAGCUUGGCGCGGGCGGUGGCGCGGGCGGUUAAGCGGCAGGCACAGCAAGUAGUGCAAGGAACUAGUCUAUAUGAAGAAGAGGAAAUUCUUUUGGCUUUAAUUGCAGGAAAAGAUUAUAAGAAUGAUAAUGAAUGCAAAAAUAAAUUAGAAAAAUACUGUAAAGAAUUAAAUGAAGCAAAAAUAGAUCUAACAAAAAUACAUGUAAAACUAGAAGGUUUAUGUAAAAAUGGAAAAGCGAAAGACAAAUGUACAGAGUUGAAAAACAAGGUUGAAGAUAAAUGCACUAAAUUCAAACCAAAACUGGAAGAAGCUGCCAAAAAAGAUGUUUCAAAAUUACAAAGUAGUGAUUGUGAAAAUGAACAACAAUGCCUAUUUUUGGAGAGAGCAUGUCCAACAGAACUUAAAGAUGAUUGCAAUACUUUGAGAAAUAAGUGUUAUCAGAGGAAACGUGAUGGUGUAGCAGAAGAAGUCCUUUUGAGGGCACUUCGCGGGAGUAUUGAAAAUGGAAAUAAAUGCAAAGAAAAACUUAAAAAGAUUUGCCUGGAAUUGAGUCAAGAAAGUGAUGAGUUAACGAAGCUUUGUCUUUAUCAAGAAACAACAUGUAGCAAAUUUGUAUCAGAAAAACAGAAAAAAUGUGAUGCUCUUGAACAGGAUGUUAAAGCAGUACUUGGAAAGGAAAAUAAAUUACGAGGAAAAUGUUUAGCACUGCUUGAACAAUGUUAUUUUUAUAGAGGAAAUUGCGAAGAAGACAAAUUAAAGUGUGACGUAUUGGGAAAGAAAUGUCAAGAACAAAAUAUUGUUUAUAUACCACCAGGACCCGAUUUUGAUCCAACUAGACCAGAGGCUACACUAGCAGAAGACAUAGGGCUAGAAGAGCUUUAUAAAGAGGCUGAGAAGGAUGGAGUUCAUAUUGGAAAGCCUCCUGUAAGAGAUGCAACUGUUCUACUAGCACUUUUGAUUCAAAAUCCAACUAAUACUCAACCGGAAAAAAAAGAAAAAUGCAAAAAUGUUCUUAAAGAUAAGUGUAAAGAGUUAAAAAAACACGAGGUUUUGGGAUAUCUGUGUAAUGAUAAUGGCUCUGCUAGUCAAAAUGGAACUGAAAAGUGUGAAGAACUAGAGAAAGAGCUAGCAAACAGUGCUAAAAUUCUUUCUGCAAAAAUUGGAACCAAACAUCUAUCUGGAUCUGGUGAAACCAUUCCAUGGUAUAAAUUAUCGACAUUUCUUAGUGACAGUGACUGUGCAAGGUUAGAGUCAAGCUGUUUUUAUUUUGCUCAAGAUAAAGGUCCUCUUGAAAAAGAAUGCAAGAAUUUUAAGGCAGCAUGUUAUAAGAGAGGGCUUGAAGCACUAGCCAAUGAAGCAUUUCAAAGCAAGAUGUACGGACUGUUCCGUGGUUCAGGUGAAAAAUGGUUUAAGAAACUACUGGAUAAAAUAAUGGAAGAGUGUUCGGAACUUAAAACAACGAGCGAUGAGUUGUUUUUACUAUGUAUUGAUCCACUUAAAGCAGUCAGAAUACUUGCAGCUGAUAUCCAAACAAGAGCUGUCUUUUUGCGGAAACAACUGGAUCAAAAGCGAGAUUUUCCAACAGACAAAGACUGCAAGGAAUUAGGGAGAAAAUGCCAAGAUUUAGGAGAGGAUUCAAAUCAGAUUCAAUGGCCAUGUCAUACACUAAAGCAACAAUGUGAUCGCUUAGGAACUACAGAAAUCUUGAAACAGGUUUUACUAGAUGAACACAAGGAUACUUUGAAAGAUCAAGAAAGUUGUGUAAAAUAUCUAAAAGAAAAGUGUAAUAAAUGGUCUAGAAGAGGCGAUGACCGUUUCUCUUUUAUAUGUGUCUUCCAAAACGCUACAUGUAAAUCGAUGGUAGAUGAUGUACAAGAUAGGUGCAAAGUAUUCAAAAAAAAUAUAGAGGCUUCAGAAAUCAUCAAAUUUCUUAAAAUUAAUAAAAAUGAAAUAAAAAUACUGGAAAGAAAUUGUUCUUCCUGGUAUCCGUACUGCAAUAGAUUUUCACCUAAUUGUCCAGAUCUUGCGAAAGAAAAUGUUUUUUGUACAAAGAUCAAGAAGCAUUGUGAGCCAUUUUACAGAAGAAAGGCCUUGGAAGACGCUCUUAAAAUAGAGCUUCAAGGGAAUUUAAGUGAUAAAUCUAAAUGUGAACCUGCAUUAGAAAGAUAUUGCACUGUAUUAGAAAAUGUAACUAACACCUCAAUUAGAGGAUUAUGCAAAGAUAGUACUAAUGAUAAGCCUAAAAAGAAUGACAAUAAAGUUAGAAAAGAGCUCUGUGAGAAAUUAGUAAAAGAGGUGGAACAACAAUGCAAAGUAUUACAAGAGAAACUGAAACAGCCGGCAAAAGACUUAAAAGAAGAUUCUAAGACAUAUGAGGAACUUAAGAAACAAGCAGAGGAAGCAAUGAACAAGUCCAGUCUUGUUUUAUCAUUCGUUAAAAAAGAUGAAAAUAAUGUACCAAAAAAUAAUAGUGAAAACAAUAACAAAAAUAAAACCGCAUCAAGCAAACAUCAAGAUACCACAGAAUAUGCGAAAAUACUACGGAGAGGAGUUAAGGAUGUAACAGUGACAGAAUUGGAAGCCAAAGCAUUUGAUCUAGCAGCAGAAGUAUUUGGAAGAUAUGUAGACUUGAAAGAAAGAUGUGAGAAAUUAACCUCGGAUUGUGGGAUUAAGAAAGACUGCAAAGAAUUAGAAAAAGUAUGUGGAAAGAUUGAGAAGACAUGUCUCGAUCUAAAGCCUCUGGAAGUGAAGCCACAUGAAACAACAACUAGAAACAUAACAACUACAACCACAACGACAACAACAACAACCGUUAAAGACGCAAAGGCAACAGACUGCCAGUCUCUGCAGACAACAGAUACGUGGGUCACAAAGACGUCUACGCAUACCAGCACUUCUACGACUACGUCCACAGUCACAUCGAGAAUAACACUCACCUCGACAAGACGGUGUAAGCCUACGAAGUGCACGACAGGAGAGGAAGAUGAAGCAGGAGACGUGAAACCGAGUGAGGGGCUGAGGAUGAGUGGGUGGAGUGUGAUGAGGGGGGUGCUAGUGGUAAUGAUGAUUUCAUUCAUGAUUUAG